AUGGAAUAUUUUAAAAGUACAACUUUGAGUAGUUACAUCUCAAAAGUCAGUACAACACUAGAUUAUGGUAUUAAGAAAAAUAGGAACUAUUUUAUUUCGUCGCAAAUUUGCAAAGCUCUUGCGUACUUGCACAAUCUAACUCCAAGCAUUCUUCACAAAGACAUCAAGCCGGAAAAUAUUCUUAUAAAUGAAGAAUUGGUGAUUAAAGUUUGUGAUUUAGGAUUG